AUGGUAACAACGGAUCCUGAAAUAUCUGACCGCGACUUAUUGUUGGGCGAUAUAAAGGAACUGAAAUCUAGUGUUGAAGUCAUAACAAGACGACUUGGAAAUAUGGAAGUCCAAAAUCAGCUUUUGAAGGAUGAAAAUGAAAUAUUUAAGUCGCAAAUAAAAACAGUUUCAGACUUCAGCACAAAUUGUGCGCGAGAGGUUGUUGAAAUGAAAUCAACGGAUACAAAUUCUCAAACACUUUCCUUGAAGCAUACCAAACAAGAAAAAAGUGGUCAGAUAAAUCAAGAAAUGCUUUCUAACAUUAACAAGAGAAUGCAACUCAAACCAGAAUUACGAAACACAGAAUUACCAGUAGGCUUCACUGCCGUUCUAACUCAUGACUUUUCUCUUGGAUCCUACCAGACAAUACCAUUCGAUAAGGUGUUGACAAAUAAAGGAAACGUAUAUAAUCCGAUCACUGGAGUUUUUAAAGCACCUGUUAGAGGUCUUUACAUAUUUUCGGCUACAACGCAUGGAGUUGGAAGCACUGUUAGAACAGAAAUACAGAAAAAUGGUGUACAGGUAGCUGCUAUGCAAACCAUUAACUUUGACAUGGGAGGUCAUACUGUUGUUCUGUCAUUAGAAGAGGACGAUAUUGUUUUGGUGCGUAAUAUGGAUUCGAGCAGCCACACCAUUCAUGCUGGUAAUGACAGAUACUACUCCUCCUUUUCAGGAAUACUAGUUACUAGCACAUAG